AGAAAAUUAGCUUGAUAGCGACCUUGAACCAUCCCCUUGAACAGCCAAACAUUUAUGCUAGCUUCCUUGUAUUUGUGUGAAACUGGGUUUGAGUUGAUUCUCGAGCUUGGCCCUGUAUAUUUCUGAGGUUUUUUUGGCUUCAUAAUGUUUAAAAAUUAAAACUUCUCAUUGUUUGAUAUUGUCUAGCAAAAUAUUUUUUUUAUGUCUGGCUACAAUAGAAUGUUCAGUUCCAACGGUAUCGAUGACAUCAGCAAUGAUGUCAUCACUCUAUGAUACCACAAAGGAAUCUCUCUCUUGAAUGUAGCUCACAGACAGCGUUUUCUCAGACCUGUUCCACAGUUCUAUUGCAACAGAUCACUCAUCAGAGCACGUUCGAAAUUCAUCGAAACGAGAUAUUACAAGCCUUUCAAAGAAGCAAGUAUUUACAAGAAUACAGACAUGAAGCAAACACAGACUACUUGUAAACAUGAAGCUUUCCCAGCUGAGCUUUCAUGGGUCGAAAUGACAGAGCUCAACAUCCAAGUUGACUACGACGAAGUCAUUGUCUUUGAAGAUGACAGUGAGCCGGAAGAUGAAUCAGCAGAGAUCGAGGAGGAACCAAGUCCUUCCGGCGACUUUGAGCACCCAGGAUUAUUGGAAGUCGAGCAGAAAACAACUCCCUCUGCUGGCUUCGAGAGCAACCCCUUAGUAAAAGACGUGGAAGAGACUAACCAACACAUUAUCAAACUCACAAAGCAGGUAGAUAAUCUUACAAAAGAACUGCAUGAGGAAAGAGACCAAAGGAUGGCAUGUCAGGCUGAAGUGAAAUUACAGCAGGAGGAGAUUAAAAAACUGGAAAAAAUUUUGGAAAAAGAACGUCACCUGCGAGUUAAAUGUGAAGAUAGAUUAAAGGUUUCUUCUUCUUCCAAAGUAACAGACGGCAAGAGUAUUCUUGAACAGCUGGAAUACUUCAAGAUGGAGGCUGAAAAAUAUGCCUCCCGCCAUAAAGGUCUGAUAGAAGUGAUGAUUGAAGGAUACAAAGUGCGACUUAAAUAUGAGGACCAGCUCAAAAGUCACGCUGAGCAAGCUGCCAAAUUCAAAGAUCAGGAGGAAAUAGUGAAAUCUUUGCAGGGUCAGGUUGCAGACCUGAAGAUGAAAUUGAAACUUUCUGAAGAAAACAACCAUCUGAGAGUCUCCACCCAACCAGAGGUCCUCCUGCGAACAGAAGACUCCCUGCAAACACAGGAGACCAAAAAAAGACAGACCUCCAAUCAACCAGGGAGGUCUGAAGAAAGACUUACCUUCAAUCAACCAGUGUGGCGCGAGGAAAGGCAGACCUCAAAUCAAGCAGGGAGGUCUGAAGAAAAACUUACCUUCAAUCAACCAGUGUGGCGCGAGGAAAGGCAGACCUCAAAUCAAACAGGAAGGUCUGAAGAAAAACUUACCUUCAAUCAACCAGUGUGGCGCGAGGAAAGGCAGACCUCAAAUCAAGCAGGGAGGUCUAAUGAAAGACUUACCUUCAAUCAACCAGUGUGGCGCGAGGAAAGGCAGACCUCAAAUCAAGCAGGGAGGUCUAAUGAAAGACUUACCUUCAAUCAACCAGUGUGGCGCGAGGAAAGGCAGACCUCAAAUCAAGCAGGGAGGUCCGAAGAAAGACGGACCUCCAAUCCACCUGGGAGGUCCGAGAAAAGAUGGACCUCCAAUCCACCAGGGAGGUCCAUCCGACCAACCUCUACUGGUUGCAUGGAGGGCGUUCAUGUUGGCCUUGGCCUGAAGGACAAUCUAGGCCAGGCUCGGCCUUUACGCCAACCCACACCCAGGUGGUACUAACCUAGGCACCAAAUACUCGAGCUUCCCAUUCAAGUUCCCAGCGCUUUUGGAUCCAAGUUCAGAUGUGGCGAUCUUCAUUGUGGCCAAAGGUGGAGCAAAACCUCCUUUAGUAAGACCUUUGCCAUAAACAAAUCAGAAACGGCAGACACCUUUGACAACUGAGGAGGAAUCAGAGAAAACGCUGCAGUCAUUUUAGAACUGAGACGAGUUCAGAGGGGCGCAGUAGAAACUCGACGUCUCGCCGGCUCAGUGUCUUUCUCCCUCCCUAAAUCUCAGCGAGAGCCCACAUCAGGUGCAGAGUGAAGCAGAGUUGCGGAGGAAAUUGAAUUCCGGCAUGUCGUAAUUCAACCUGUAUCCGCGCAUUCCCGUCCUCCUCUGUCCGCCGCACGACGUCGCAAUUCUCGGAGCGUCUCGAUUCCACCUCUGGUCCCGCCGUUUCGCGCCUCCAAGAAUUUCAGCCAACAACUCUCAGGCAAACGCUGAAAUCAGUCUCAUGAAUGCAAAUGAUAAAGACGACGAGCGCAGGAG